AUGUCUAAACCCACCGUUAUUGUUAUCUUUAUGGCCAUUCUUGUUCUAGGAAUGGCGACUAAGGAGACGCAAGGAGCAAACUGUGUUAACUAUUUUGAAAUAACAUUUCCAGAAGUAUGUGAAGCAAACUGGUGUGCCGCUGAGUGUCUUAAGGCUUACAAGAAUGGAAAAGGCACGUGUUGGCAAAAGUUCUGCCAGUGCGUCUAUGAUUGUUGAUUGCUAUACUUGGUUUUCUUUCUAUAAACUAUCAUCAAUUCUAAUAAUAAAAUACUAUUUGCUA